CGCCUUUUAUCGUUUCCCCAAGCGUCGCUCUAGUUUAAAAGGAGCAGGUUUGGAUCCGAAACAAUUAACGGUUCAGAUCAAAACUAUCAAUUCAACGGUCCAGAUCGAGUUUACCUUUCGUUCUUCUAUUUUUAGGCUUCCUUCGAGAUCCUUCUUCUCUCAGAGUUGGAAGAAAAGCGUUGUUGGUUGUUUGCUGUUCUCUUGAAUCCCGAAGCUACAAUCUGCACUAUUCGAUCGGAAACAAUGGCGGAUGAACAUAAGCACGAAGAAUCUCUGCCUAAUUUGGAUCCGGCUGUGGAAGUUGUAGAGAGAGAAUCGUUGAUGGAGAAGAUAUCGGAGAAGAUCCACCACAAAGGUGACUCGUCGUCGUCAUCAUCUUCUUCAGAUGACGAGAGCGAGAAGAAAUCUUCAUCUCCUUCGUCUCUGAAAUCGAAGGUUUACCGUUUGUUCGGCAGGGAAAGGCCCGUGCACAAGGUUCUCGGCGGCGGAAAACCGGCUGAUAUAUUCAUGUGGAAGAACAAGAAGAUGUCAGGUGGUGUGUUUGGUGGUGCUACAGCAGCAUGGGUGCUCUUUGAAUUGAUGGAGUAUCAUCUUCUUACUCUGCUAUGUCACGUUAUGAUCGUCGUUCUUGCUGUGCUAUUUCUAUGGUCUAAUGCCACCAUGUUCAUUCACAAGUCCCCACCAAAGAUUCCGGAACUUCAUAUCCCAGAAGAACCUCUGCUUCAGCUUGCUUCAGGGCUCAGAAUCGAAAUCAACCGUGGGUUCUCUUCUCUUCACGAGAUUGCAUCUGGAAGAGAUAUCAAGAAAUUCCUCUCUGCCAUCGUUGGAUUAUGGGUUCUAUCAAUCUUGGGUGGAUGCUGUAGUUUCUUGACAUUGGCAUACAUAGCUCUGGUUCUGCUCUUCACUGUUCCUCUUCUCUACGACAAGUACGAGGACAAAGUAGACUCGUAUGGUGAGAAAGCAAUGGCUGAGUUGAAGAAGCAAUACGCUGUGUUUGACUCAAAGGUAUUGAGCAAAAUCCCAAGGGGGCCAUUGAAGGAUAAGAAGAAGGAUUAGGGUUUUGCAGGAUUUCUUUGCAUGCGUGUGCACUGGUUUUUAUACAAUUGUGGGCUGUGUUGUGAAGUGAUAAUUUAAAAGUUGUGUUAGAUCUCAUCUUGUUUCUCCCGAAUUCUUACUUACCAACUUUGCUUCUUUUUUGUUCUUUUUUUUUUUUUUGCUUUGGGUUAUUAGUGUUCUUGUGGCAUGAGGACAAAACUUGUAGAUUCUCUCUUGCAAUAUAAAUGUUUGUGUAGUCUCAACUUAGUUUACCGAUUUGUGUGUGUAGUAUGAUGCUUGAUGUACUACUAUCAAACGAAAAGCAAUUUUACCCUUUUCUCAGCCAACGGUUUUUUCGCUGCCAACGAUUUUUUAUUUUUAUUAGUGAUAUAUAUGAAUCUCUCGUACCUUAGUCAUCGAAGUCAGGAUGGCCGAGUGGUCCAAGGCGCCAGACUCAAGUUCUGGUCCUCGAAAGAGGGCGUGGGUUCAAACCCCACUUCUGACAUAUUAUUUUCCUUAAUUUUACGAAACCUAAAUUAUCUGAACAUGAUGACGAGUAAAAUAAAUAACUUUUUGGGGCUUCUCGGGGGUAUACAAGUUUUCUCUUCAAGAUCAAUUAAAAUGGUCCACUCGGGGGUAUACACCAUUUUUGGUCCAAAACAAUUUGAAUCCAUUUGGGUUUAAUGGUGAUAACUGAUAACAGAACGAAAAAUGUAUUUUAAACCAAAAAUAUUUAUAUUUCAAGUAUCGGACUCUUAAAUUAAUACAUAUCAAAAGGUAUCAUAGGAGCUAAACCAUUAUUUAUUUUUUGUUUAAAAAAGCUCAAAUGUGGAUGAAAGAGCACACUAUUGUCUGAUAAAAAUAUCAAAAUGGUUUAA